AACGAGAUGUUUACAUCAGAUCUUUAUGCGCUCUGAUACCAGUGUGUCGUCUUAAAUCUUUAAAUAUAACACAAUAUUAAAAUGUAAUUAGAAUAGUGUGUCCGUUUGCUGUUAUUUAAUCAACUCUUCCGCCAGUUAAAGUUAGACAGCAGUUUAGCUGUCUGGCUUGAAAUCAGCGUGUUAGCUUCAUAGCUUAGCAUAGUAAAGCUAGUUUGCUUGUUUUCCAGUUUAUUUAAACUUAGAAAAUGUUAAAAGUUCUAAAAGUGAAAAUUCUUUUAAUUGGCCCUAGUGAGUGUGGGAAGACCGUGUUGGCCAAUUUUCUCUCUGAUACAGUGGAGACAAUCGUAACCGAUUACAGUCCUACACAGGGAGUCAGGAUAUUGGAGUUUGAGUCGCAAAACCUGGGAAGUCUUACCAAAGACAGUGCUUGUGAAGUGGAGCUGUGGGAUUGUGCUGGAGAUUUCAAGUUUGAAACAUGCUGGCCAGCUUUAAUGAAAGACUCCAACGGAGUGGUCAUUGUAUUUAACCCAGAUAUCCCAAGUCACCUAAAGGAAUUAGAGACAUGGCACUCGACGUUCAUCUCGUCUCAAAGCCUACAGGCAGGACAGUGUCUGCUCGUAGCACACCGCAAGCCUGGUACUGGAGCAUAUACAUCACGCCCUCAGCUCGCCCCUCAGUUGAACAAGCUGCCUCUCAUUCAUUCCAACCUAGAGGAAGACCCUGAAGGGGUGCGUCAGGAGUUUGGCACGUAUCUGGGAAACGUUGUGCAGAGCUUGCUGGAAAGUCGCGAGCGUGAGGAGAUGUCCAUUAUAGCAUAACCACCACUUUUAUAUUCAUAUAUAAUUAUUAUUUUUUGAGACUGUAUUAUACACUGAUGACAUGUCUGUCUUCUGCAUCUGUAGCGUUUUUGUUUUUUAUCAAAAGGUAAGAAUUUCUGCUUUUUCCAUCUAGUGAGAAAAGAACAGGCUGAAGGGAAACUCAAGUUCAUAUUGAAAUAAAAUAUGCAAAUAUACAUAACAGCCGUUAUAGAUCGAAGGAUAUGUUUGUGGAAUUUUAUCUGACUUUCCAACCCUGGAGCAAUACAUUAAAAUCAAACCCAUUUACUCAAUUUUUACACAUGUAUCCUUAGACAGUCAGAGACUCAACAUUUUUAACACUUCUAAUACAGAUUAACAGGCUAGAGAUUUUGUCACUGUUCUAUUACAUAGAGUUUUUACAAUAUGUUUCUCAAAAAUCAAUUUCUGAUGUGUUAAGGAUUAAAUGUCUCUUUUUCGCAAUAAAAUUAACGAAUUUCUAAAAUUCUUUAGAGUGCCAGUGAUGCACACAACAAAUUCAGCAGACUGUUGGUGCAGUAAGUUAAAAUAUGCUAAAUAUCCUUUAAAAUAAUUUGUCUGUCCAUUAACUAGUUAUUCUAUAUAACUGGUCUCGUGGUAAAUAUAUAGAUGUUUCAGCUGUAAAUAAGGUAAAUUGUGUUCAAGAUCUCAGCCUCAACAUACUUAAGUAUGUGAAGUUAUGUUUUAAUGGACCAAAUAAAAGUUUAUUAUGAAACCCACCAUCCAUCAACAUACUGAAUGUAAAUAUAUACGGACGGAAAAAUACUGAGUAAAUGUAUUUUUUCCAACAAUACAUAUUUAUUAGUUCCUGGAAAUAAAAGGCUUAGACAAAGAGGAAACAAGCAACAAGGACUGUCCACAUUUACACAUCAUAUCCUACAAUGCCUCCUUUUCCAAUGAUCUCGCCAAUGUAGAACCACAUCAGAACUUCUGUAACGACCAAACCGUUCCUCAGAGCGUCCUGUGGGAACAAGUGAGCUUGUUAAUGAUUGUUAAGCUCCUAUUCCACAGUAAGAUAGACAUGGAUUGAUUUCAUACACAAUUACAAUUCCAAGCAGAACACUUACCACCCACUGGGUAAAGUGAUUAUCAAUGGAAUCAAAGGAAGAACAAUGAAAUGAUUUACCCAAAGUACAGCACUUCGUGUUUAUGCUGUUUUAAUUUGGCACCUCAAAUAAUUUAAGCAUGUCAAAUAUCAGUAAAAGGAAAAAGGUGUUUUCAGCUCAUUCUCACAUUAAGUGAUCAUGAUGCUGGGAUGCACUGGACAGACACUGCAUGAUUCUUUCUAAAAGCAUUGUGAUGCAUUUUAAGUUAGCUAAUAAAUCCAACAAGGUACUACAUGGGGUAAAGUAUACUCAUAAUGCACUUUGUUGAGAACAGGCAGGAAGGUUUUCAUUUCAGACACGGGGUCACUGAAACAACUGGUUUCCAUUUCUUAGCCCCAGAGGUCCAGUGAAAAGACAUUAGAAACACUACUACAGAAAUAAUUGCUGGAUAUCAAGCAUGUUCCAGCUUACAGUCUAUAAAAUUGUCAAUUGGGAAAUUGUGUAAAUUUGAUUUUUUUUAACAAACUACACCUUAAUUUACUCUUUACAGUCCUCCUCCAUAAGAGCACACAUGCAUUUCCCCAGCAAAACAAUAUGUCCAUGUUUAAACUAUAAACUAAAUAAAACCUUUCGAUAACACUA